GUGGAAGCCCGUGCCGUCGCACAGAGCAUCUUCAGUUGCGUCCAGAAGGCCAGGGAGCAUGUGCCAGUUGUGAAGUACAACUGCAAAAUGAUGGAGUUCCUGUUGGAGCAGAUGGACAUAACAGAGAGGACCAUGAAGCGAGUGAUGGAGAAAGAGCACAUCGAACAGGGCGGCCAGCAGCCCUGGAGGGACCUUUGGAAUGACUUGGGCGACUGCAUGCUGACCAGUGAGAGGCUGAUACGGCAGCACACAAACUUCAACCUGCAAAAGUUCUACAGGGUUGAAGAGGCAAAGGAGGGCAUUGGCAAGGUGCUGGACCCGAUGAAUCGCUUUGCGAAGCAGUGGGCGCCAGAUGACUGGUUCCAGUACUUUGUGCCCCCAGAGCCUGUGGCUGAGGACAAGAAAGCCCUGCGGUCAUUCCUAGAGUUCGUCUUCUUGGGUAAGAGCCUUGAUGCCAGCAUUGACGAGAAGACCAAGGCGGUGUGGCAAAAAGUCAGAGACAAGCACCUCCUGCGGCUGGAGCACCUGACGAUAGUUGAGGACAAGGACAUUGCC